CUUUAAACAACUGGGGGAGAGCGAGGAAGAGGGAGAGAAGACCUUAUUCAUACCAUCAUCUUUUUAUGUGCAAGCAGCUUUCAAAAGAGGUAAAAAAGCAUGAUCUUGUUUAGCUAUCUGGAACAGCCAAAUAGCAGCAAGAGUAGCCUUCAUGUCUUCGUUCUCUCCUACCUUAUCCUCCUCGUCCUGCUAUUAUUUCCUAUUCCUCAUGAGAGCUGCUCACCUUCAGAGAGGGACUCUCUACUCCAAUUUCGAUCAAAUCUUACCUUCAGCUUUAAUAACAGUCGCCUUAGUUCUUGGGCUACAAUUGAUGACUGCUGCAAGUGGGAAGGAAUCUCAUGUGAUGGAAACGGAUUGGUUAAUGAGAUUUCUUUGCCCACCAAAGGCCUUGGAGGAAGCCUCUCCAGUUCUCUUGCAGGUCUGUCCCAUCUCACUCAACUAAACCUCUCAUAUAAUCAGCUCACAGGAAACCUCCCUACUGAAAUUCUGUUGUGCCCAAGCCUUGUCGUCUUGGAUGUCAGCUUCAACCGUCUAUCCGGGAAAUUAUCGAUGUCACCUGUUGGAAACUUCUCCUUGCAGGUGCUUAACCUUUCAAGCAACUCUUUCACAGGCCCUUUUCCUUCUCUGGGAAGUCUUGCUGGAUUUCUUACUGCAAUAAAUGCAAGCAAUAACGGUUUCUUUGGCUUAUUUCCCUCCUCUAUCUGUGGCCUAUCACCUCUCCUGAGAACAAUGGACAUGUCUCACAACCAAUUCAGUCUUGAUAUUCCCCCCGGACUAGGCAGUUGUUUGCUGCUGACAGAAUUUCAAGCAGGUAACAAUAAUCUGUCAGGGCCAAUUCCAGAAGAUCUGUUUGAUAUGACCUCCAUGAAUCUCCUAUCCUUGCCUUUCAACCAGCUCUCAGGGAAUAUUGAUGGAACAAUUAUUACCAAACUCACAAAUCUGUCAUUUCUCGAGCUUAGCAACAAUCAGCUAAGUGGUGAGCUUCCAGCUUCAAUCAGCCAGAUGCCAUCCCUAGAGCAGCUGCUCUUAAAUGGGAACCAACUAAGAGGUGAAAUACCUCCAGAAAUAGCAAACUGCACCAAGCUUAAGAUUCUGAAUCUCAGAUUUAACAACCUCAGUGGUGAAUUGGCUGCAGUUAACUUUUCCAGCCUCUCCAAUCUUAACAUGCUUGAUUUAGGGAAUAAUAAGUUCACUGGAGAUAUACCAGCAAGCUUGUACUCAUUGAAGUCUCUUAAAGCACUACGUUUGGCUAAGAAUUCACUGGAAGGAGAGAUAGCUCCAGCAAUGGUCGAGCUGCAAGCCCUGACAUACCUUUCUCUCUCUGCUGAUGGGCUCAAAAACAUCACAACUGCACUCCAGAUCCUCAAAGAUUGCAAGAACCUAACAGCCAUGAUCCUCUCAAAGAACUUCAAUAAAGAAGCCAUACCGACAAAUUUUGAAUGGGCAGACAGGUAUUUCCAGAAUCUUCAAGUCCUGGGUCUGGGUGGUUGCCAGCUGACCGGCCAAGUACCCCUCUGGUUAUCCAAACUCAGCAACCUCUUGGCCCUGGACUUAUCAGAGAAUCAACUCACAGGUCCAGUUCCUACUUGGUUGGGCUCUUUGCCUUACCUCUUCUAUCUUGACCUGUCUGGGAACCUUCUCUCAGGAGAAAUCCCACCAGAAAUCACAGGACUGCAUGCCCUGACGAUGGAUCAUUUUGAAUCCCGAAUAAAUCAAAGUAUUCUACAAUUUCCAAUCUUUAUCAAGCCUGUUAAUGGAUCAGGUCUGCAAUACAAUCAACUGACAGAGCUUCCACCGGCAAUAUACCUUCAAAACAAUACUCUCCACGGCAUGAUACUUCCACAAAUUGGCCAGCUCAAGAAUCUUCAUGUUCUCGACCUUAGCCACAACAAUUUCUCAGGAAACAUUCCAGUGGAACUUUGCAACCUCACCAACUUGGAAAAACUGGACCUCUCAACAAACCAUCUCAAUGGAGAAAUCCCUUCCACGCUGAACAACCUACACUUCCUGGCGUUAUUCAAUGUGGCUAACAAUAAUUUAGAGGGGCCAAUACCAUCCGGUGGUCAGUUUGAUUUAUUUCCACCCUCCAGCUAUGAAGGAAAUCCUAGACUAUGUGGUGCAAUUCUCCUGAAGCAUUGCUCCAACCAUUCAGGAAAUGAAAAUCCUCGCACAACAAAACAUAUGAACAAAAAGGUCCUAAUUGGCAUGGCAUUUGCUAUCUGUUUUGGUGGGGCUUUCAUCCUAAUCAUGUCUGCUUUCACCAUACUUUAUAUAGUGAAAGCUCAGCAAAGAAAGUAUGCUCGUACUAAUAAGGUAAAGUUUAUUGCAACCUCUGUAAGCUCGUUUCCCAAUGUUCCAUCUGGUGACUCCAUCUUGGUUAUGGUGCAAAAUCAUGGAGACUUGGCCAAAAAGAACCUUUCGAUGUCUGACAUCUUGAAGGCUACUAGUAACUUUGACCAAGAAAACAUAAUUGGCUCUGGUGGCUUUGGGAUGGUUUACAAGGCUACUGCGCCAGAUGGCUCCAAGCUUGCUAUCAAGAGAUUGUCCAGUGAGAUGUGCCUCAUGGAAAGGGAAUUCAGAGCAGAGGUUGAGGCUCUUUCAAGGGCCCAACACAAAAAUCUAGUGUCCCUGCAAGGUUACUGUAUGCAUGGAAGCUCAUGGUUACUGAUCUAUUCAUAUAUGGAGAAUAGUAGCCUCGACUACUGGCUGCAUGAGAUGGCAAAUAGUGGUUUGAUACUAGAUUGGCCAACAAGGCUAAAGAUUGCAUGUGGAACAAGCCAGGGCAUAUGCUAUAUCCAUGAGACUUGCCAACCCCAUAUUGUUCACAGAGAUAUCAAGUCCAGUAAUAUUCUUCUUGAUGAGCACUUUGAAGCCCAUGUUGCAGAUUUUGGCUUAUCUCGCUUGAUCCUCCCUUACAACACACAUGUGACCACAGAGUUAGUUGGCACUCUUGGCUACAUUCCCCCAGAGUAUGGACAAACCUGGGUUGCCACAUUGAGAGGGGACAUCUACAGCUUCGGUGUUGUACUCUUAGAGCUACUCACUGGAAGACGUCCAGUUGAGCUGUUCAAGCCAAAGGAGUCUGCAGAACUUGUGGCUUGGGUAAAACAAAUGAGAUAUCAAGGGAGGCAAGAUCAGAUCUUUGAUCUCCAGCUAAAAGGCAAGGGGUUUGAUGAGCAAAUGCUGAAGGUUCUUGAAAUAGCUUGCAUGUGUGUAAAUGAAAACCCCCUUAAGAGGCCCACCAUCAGGGAUGUAGUAGCUUGGCUAGAAAAUAUUAGUGCUGACUUGCGAACAAAGUAACAUUUUAGUUUCUGUAAUUUUUAACGCAAAUUGAAACCCACAGGGUAACUUCAGAGGAAGCAAG